GACGUGAAGUUGCAUCAAUGAUUUGGUCAUUUUAAAGACGGGCGUGACCUAGACUGUCAAAGCGCAUGAGCGUUCUGCGAGAAGAAUCCUGAUUCCUGUAGCUCUGUCAAAUCCUCUUAUCAAAAUGCGCGAAAUUGUGCAUUUGCAAGCUGGCCAGUGCGGUAACCAGAUUGGAGCAAAGUUCUGGGAGGUGAUUAGUGAUGAACAUGGCAUCGACCCCACUGGUUCCUACCAUGGAGACAGUGACCUGCAGCUGGACAGGAUCAGUGUCUAUUACAAUGAAGCCUCAGGUGGAAAGUAUGUUCCUCGUGCCAUCCUGGUGGACCUAGAGCCUGGCACCAUGGACUCAGUCAGGUCGGGACCCUUCGGACAGAUCUUCAGGCCUGACAACUUUGUCUUUGGCCAGAGUGGUGCUGGAAACAACUGGGCCAAGGGCCACUACACAGAGGGGGCUGAGCUGGUGGACUCAGUCCUGGACGUGGUGAGGAAGGAGGCAGAGAGCUGUGACUGCCUCCAGGGCUUCCAGCUCACCCAUUCCUUGGGAGGGGGCACUGGUUCAGGGAUGGGUACCCUGCUCAUCAGCAAGAUCCGUGAGGAGUACCCUGACCGCAUCAUGAACACCUUCAGUGUGGUGCCUUCUCCUAAGGUGUCUGACACUGUGGUGGAGCCCUACAACGCCACCCUCUCCGUGCACCAGCUGGUAGAAAACACAGACGAGACCUACUGCAUUGACAAUGAAGCUCUCUACGACAUCUGCUUCCGCACUCUCAAGCUCACCACUCCCACCUACGGAGACCUCAACCACCUGGUCUCUGCCACCAUGAGUGGGGUGACCACCUGCCUUCGCUUCCCUGGCCAACUCAAUGCCGACCUGCGCAAGCUUGCCGUCAACAUGGUGCCCUUCCCCCGACUGCACUUCUUCAUGCCCGGCUUCGCCCCUCUCACCAGCAGGGGGAGCCAGCAGUACCGCGCCCUGUCCGUGCCUGAGCUCACCCAGCAGAUGUUUGAUGCCAAGAACAUGAUGGCCGCCUGCGACCCCCGCCACGGGCGCUACCUGACCGUGGCCGCCGUGUUCCGCGGCCGCAUGUCCAUGAAGGAGGUGGACGAGCAGAUGCUGAACGUGCAGAACAAGAACAGCAGCUACUUCGUGGAAUGGAUCCCCAACAACGUGAAGACGGCCGUUUGCGACAUCCCUCCCCGUGGGCUCAAGAUGGCCGCCACUUUCAUCGGCAACAGCACCGCUAUCCAGGAGCUGUUCAAGCGUAUCUCUGAGCAGUUCACCGCCAUGUUCCGUCGUAAGGCCUUCCUCCACUGGUACACGGGCGAGGGCAUGGAUGAGAUGGAGUUCACUGAGGCAGAGAGCAACAUGAACGACCUGGUGUCGGAGUACCAGCAGUACCAGGACGCCACUGCAGAGGAGGGCGAGUUUGAGGAGGAAGGAGAAGAGGAAGUGGCCUAAACCCUCUGGCCACUUAACUGCUAAACAACAUUUCAUUACAUUCCCAACUCCAUACCUAUCUUUUGUCCUUCGUGUCUCAACUCACUUUAAAUUGUUUGCCUUACUUGCUGAAAUGGUUUGGCAUACUAUGAUCCUCAAUCAUCAUAGCACCAGAUAGUGAUGUUAACUUAUAGUAGUGAACUUUUAUGCCUUUGUGUGUUUUGAAUGCACUGAAUUCUUCCCAUACCCACAUCCAUCCAGUUGUUUUCUUAAGAAAGAAAGUGAAUUUAACUGUGAAACCCUUGAAUUGGACAAUAAUUAAAAGUUGGUGUCUGAUUAACUGAUAAUCAUGCUGACCG